AUGAUCUGGUGUCACAAGACCAUCAUCUUCGUGGAUGCCAAGGAGUCGAGUAUCGCUUUCGAACUGAAGUGCAUCGUUGAGGGCAUCCUCAAGCAGCCGCCGGAUGAACAGGGGUUGUACAAGGAUGACCAACUCCUUGAUGACGCAAAAACUCUGGGCGAGUGUGGCUUCACUAGCCAGAGAGCACGGCCACAGGCCCCAACCACAGUGGGCCUGGCCUUUCGAGUAGAUGAUGCCUUUGAAGCACUGUGCAUUGAGCCCUUCUCCAGCACUCCAGAGAUUCAGAUGUGA